UUCAAAUACAAACCAGCACAGACAUAUUUACAGCAGUUGUGUCCAAGGACGUAUACAUCUCUCGGGUACACUUUAACUUCCUGUCUUCUUUAACUAAAAUGGCUCUGCUAACGGUCAUCUUAAUUUUGUCGGCUUUCAUUCCUACAUUUGGACAAUUACACAGACCUUGCUCGGGGACAUGCGAUGAUGUGUGUUACGCCGAGUUCUCUAAGUAUGACGCUAAUUCGUUUCUAGCAAGUGGCAAGAGAGCAACACCAAGAGAAUGCUGUCAUGAAUCGUACUGCGAAAGUCAGGGAACAAAAUGUUACACAGAGCAGUACAGAGCUUACAUAGCCAACAAGUUUUCGAGAUCCUGCCCUACUGGUCAGACAGUAGCAGUAACAUCGUGGUGCCCGGGUCAUUAUGCAUACGCUUGCAAAGACAUAUGUUCAGCCCUUGGCAGAGAUCGAUGCGAGAAUGGUGGUACAUGUAUUUCUUACCUUAAUGGCAUCGGUUAUUCAUGCACCUGUCCCCAAGGUUUCCUUGGAGAUAUCUGUCAUAUAGACAUAGAUGAAUGUGCAUCAAGCCCUUGCAACAGUGCUACAAGCAUUAAUUGCACAGACGGAGCAAAUGCUUACAGAUGUAACUGCAAACCUGGAUAUACCGGAAAGAAUUGUCAAACCGACAUCAAUGAGUGUGCAAGUUACCCUUGCCAGUCCGGAAGUACCUGUCUGGACCUAGUGAAUGGCUACAUGUGCCUCUGUCCAGAUGGUUACACAGGGCAAAACUGCGAUAUCGAUGUUCAGUGCUUUAGGGGCAUUGUUCCAAUACCCUGUGAUGAGUCAUACUUUAAUUGUACAGAGAACUGGCAUUUCCAUUCACCUUGCAGUAAGGACAGCGUUCUGGCUGGGGAAACGAGAUUUCCGCACCCGGACUCCCAUGAGAAGUUUUUGAUGUGUGAUCUUUCUGGCAAGACUUACGUUGUGUAUUGCCCACCAAAUGAGAUCUUCUAUGCCGAUUGUUCUCAGUGUGCUGCACCUGGUCAAGUCUUCUCAGCUUCUUGUGAGAAAGUUGUUACUGGAGUUAUAAACCCGUGCUCCCGGUUUAACAUUCUACAGGGCAAUCUGUUCUUUCCGUACCCUGGUGUAAGCAGCAAGUACAUUCAUUGUGACAUAUGGGGACAUGCUUGGGAACAGGACUGUCAACCGGGUUACAUCUGGGACCAACAGGAUCUUACUUGCAUCAUACCAACGACAUUCAGCCCAUGUCACCAGCAUGGAACACUCACCCAAGCCCUAUACCCUCAUCACUGCGACCCACACCUCUAUGUACACUGUGACGGGAAUGGACAAUCGUACAUUCAAGCAUGCCAGCCCAACUACGUCUUCUUGCCAGCCCGACUCUCAUGUGUACCUAUAGGUUUCCCAGGAUCCGAAAAUCUACAAAACACAUGUCAUUGACGUAGUACAAGACACAUGUACAAUAAAAUCUGAAAAAUGAGUAAUUAAGCUAAAACUUAUAUCUGUGUGUUUGUAUAUCAAGACAAAAUAUAGAACUGUAUCAGAAUGCAAUUGAAAUAAAGAAGUGGUCAGCAUUAA